UCGAAUUGCAAAUUUUCACAUCAGCAGGCAGCAGUGACAAGCAAAAUAAAAGCGGCGUGAACUUUUCCCGUUCGGCUGCCGAAAGAACGUGAUUUCGGCGCCAAGAGUUUCGCCUGCGAGUCUGGAGGCAAGUUGAGCAUCUUGUUGAGCAAAUCACCGUGAGAAAAAAUGCCGGGCCAAGAAGUGGCGAUCAGCAAAGUGGUGGUGCACCCGUUGGUGCUGCUCAGCGUCGUCGACCACUUCAACCGAAUGGGCAAAAUCGGCAACCAAAAACGCGUGGUCGGCGUUCUUCUCGGCUGCUGGCGGGCCAAAGGCGUCCUCGACGUGUCCAAUAGCUUUGCAGUUCCAUUUGACGAGGACGACAAGGACAAGUCGGUGUGGUUUUUGGACCACGACUACCUGGAGAACAUGUACGGAAUGUUCAAGAAAGUGAAUGCUAGAGAGAAAAUUGUCGGCUGGUACCACACAGGACCAAAACUGCACAAUAACGACGUGGCCAUCAAUGAGUUGGUGCGCAGGUACUGUCCCAACUCUGUCCUGGUCAUCAUCGAUGCCAAGCCCCGCGAGCUUGGUCUGCCCACUGAGGCAUAUCGUGCAACAGAGGAAGUCCACGAUGAUGGAACUCCCACUUCAAAGACUUUCGAACAUGUCCCAAGUGAAAUUGGAGCAGAGGAAGCUGAGGAAGUUGGUGUGGAGCAUUUGCUUAGGGACAUUAAGGACACGACUGUUGGGACAUUAGCGCAGCGUAUCACCGCACAGCUCCUUGGCCUUCGCGGGCUUCACUCGCAGGUUGAAGCCAUCAAAGACUACCUUGACCAAGUGGUGUCUCCAAAUGGACUCCCCAUCAACCAUCAAAUUAUCUACCACCUGCAGGACAUUUUCAAUUUGUUGCCUGAUGUCUCUCAGCCGAACUUCACGUCGUCACUGUACGUCAAGACAAACGAUCAAAUGCUGGUAGUUUAUUUGGCAGCUUUGGUGCGGUGCGUUCUUGCCUUGCACAAUCUCAUCAACAACAAGCUCACAAAUAGGGAUGCUGAAAGGAAAGAAGGUGCUGGUACGACUGUGGCCAAAAAGGGAGACAAAGAGGAAGCAAAGAAAGAGGAGGUGAAAGAUGAAAAGAAAAAGUGACGUCCGCCAAGUCUUGUCUGAAAAUUUUGCUUCGCUUAAUUGUUUAAGUUUAUUUAAUAAUUACAUCCAAUAGGCAGAAGAAUGUUUGAUAAUAAAUGAAAAAGUGGUAAAAAUCAAAA